AAAAAUAAAAUAAAAAAAAAAAAUAUAUAUAUAUAUAUUUAUUUUACAUAAUCAGUGCCGGGAGAAGGUCAUCUAGCACAGAGGGUGAAGAUACCAAAUAGCACCCCUCCCCCCUUCAAAACAUAGGAGCAUUAUGUGCAGGGGCGGACUGACCAUUUGGAAACUCGGGCACUGCCCAAGGCCCGGGGUCAGUAGGAGGCCCCAUGAGAUGCCCCUGGUAGCUUUUUCAUGGGCUUUUUUGAGUUUGGGCAAGGACACGGGGGCCCCAUGAUCCCCUAUUGCCCAGGGGCCCCAUGAGUUGUCAUUCCACCCCUGAUUAUGUGUCAGCA